AUGUCUAUAUAUGCUCCCGACCACACUGCAACGUCGACCUCAGAUGAUGAUAAUCAAAUAGCUAUAAUGGAGUUGACCGUUUCUCGGGUUCGAACUGCCUUAUUUCAACCUUUGAGAAGUGAUGAUUUUAAUGAACGUGCAAAACAAUUGGAUAAAAUUAUCGAUGUUGUUAAAAAUUGGGCUUGUUCUGAUUAUGAUGUUAAUAAUAUUGAUAUUUCCUCUGAAAAUCAAGAACUUUCUCCUCCUCUUAAUACGAUUGAUUCUUCUAAAAGGUCUUCAAUAUCUGACGGUAGUAUUCCGGUAAAUCAUACUGCUUCUUUAAAUUCUUCUCCCAUAUUCACUG